AUGAGAGAUUAUACCAUAUACUGCGGCGGUGCUGAUGAGAAGAAAGCAGGUGGCUGUGCGGUAGCUGUGAGGAACGAUUGCAACAACCUGGUGGAAGAAUUGGGCUCAACGCCGUCUAGAUGCGCCUUCGUACGACUGCGGGGUCGCAGAGGACGUAAACUCUGGAUCGCAAGUGUCCACGUAUCUGCUGAAACUGCUGAGCAGAACAGUAAUGACGCCUUUUACCAUGAAUUCAAUGCGUUGAUGUCUAAAAUACCCAGCCAGCAGGUGGUGAUUGUCGAAAUCGACGCAAAUGCGAAGAUGGGACUCGAACAACAAUCCGAUCUGUUAGGAAAAUGGCAUUAUCCUGCGAAGCGCACGUCGGACAACGGCACGGAAUCAAUCCAUUUGUCGCUAUUUUAUAUCCUGCGAAACCUUACGUCUCGAUUGAAAUGCCUAUUCGCGCCGGAGAUCCUCAAAUCCUCUUUCACCACUUCAGUCCAGAACUUCCGUUUUCGGCCAGUUGGCCUCUUCCACUUGAAUCUAACACACUCUUAUCAUUACUACUAA